UUAUAUCUGAUUCAUUCCUGCGUCUAGCAUUCCAGUAUGAGCCCGAUAUUGAAUAUUAUGCUCAUUCAAAAGUGGUAAUUGGUGUUAUGGACAAGGAAUGCCCGCAUUGUCAUGCUCUGAAAUUCAAAAAUGAGCCAGCUGGAAUGUGUUGCGCGUCAGGAAAAGUGCAACUACCUGAAAUUGAAACACCACCUGAACCAUUGAACGGCUUACUUAUCGGCACGCAUCCAGAUUCUAACGUGUUCCUGAAGUCAAUUCGAAGAUUCAAUUCAUGCUUUCAAAUGACAUCGUUCGGAGCAACAGAAAUAGUUCGAAAUACUAAUGCAAAUGGUCAACAAUUCAAUUCUACAUUCAAAAUCAGAGGCCAAGUUUAUCAUAAAAUGGUCUCACUGCUGCCAAUGCCAAACGAACCACAUAAAUUCUUACAAAUCUACUUUAUGGGCGGCGAGGAUUCCGGAAGCGCACUUGCCAAUCGCGUGAAUGCACGUUGUGAUUAUAAUAACCUUGAUUCACUUUAUGCCAGGCGCAUCGUCAGCGAGCUAGAUGCUCUUUUGAACGAGCACAACGAGUUGUUGAAAAUAUUCAAAUCACAUAUGCACCAAUUACAAAGCGAUAAUCACGCUAUCAUCAUUAAUCCUGAUAAAACACCAGCUGGAGAGCAUAUUCGUAGAUUCAAUGCACCCGUUGUUGAUGAUGUUGCUGGAAUCAUGGUUGGCGAUUGUACAGCUGCACGAGAAAUUGUGAUUCGUAGAAGAAAUAAUAAUCUUCAGUUCAUUGCUGACACACAUCGUUCAUAUGACGCUCUCCAAUAUCCGCUAAUAUUCUGGAAGGGACAAGACGGAUAUUGCAUAAACAUAAAACAACGAGAUCCCGUAUCAGGAGCUGAAACAAACAAGAACGUUAGCUCAAAGGAUUAUUAUGCGUACCGAUUAAUGAUUAGACGUGGCCUGGACAACGUCAUUUUACGAUGUCGUGAGCUUUGUCAACAAUUCAUGGUCGACAUGUACGCGAAGAUUGAGAGCGGACGACUACGAUACUUACGAUAUAAUCAACAAAAGCUGCGUGUGGAAGAGUACAUUCAUUUGCGAGACAUGCAAGAGCAUCAAAUACAUUUGCAAGUAUGUCCAUAAAGGCAGUGAUAUGGCUGUGUUUAGAGUGGAAAAUACUAAUGUGAAUGCUCCUCCAGUGAAUAAAAACGAUGAAAUAACGCUCUACCAAAUUGGUCGGUACAUCAGCUCCAAUGAAGCUGCUUGGCGUAUCUUUGGUUUUCCAAUUCAUGAACGGGAUCCAGCAGUUGUUCAGUUAGCCAUCCAUCUUGAAAACGUUCAGCGUGUAUUUUUCACGAACGAGACAGCGAUUGAUCGUGCAAUAAAUCCACCUAAAACUACAUUCACUGCAUUUUUUGAAUUGUGUAAUCGUGCGGAUGAUUUUGGUGCCUUUGCACGAACAUUACUCUAUUCACAAGUACCACGCUAUUUCACAUGGACUCAAACAAAAACAUGGAUGCCCCGCAAGCAAGGCUCACCAGUUGCUGCAUGUCUCAAUUUAUUUAAAUCAAACGCCUUGGGGCGAUUAUUUACAGUCAAUCCAAGACACACGGAGUGCUUUUAUCUUCGACUGUUGUUGGUUAAUGUUACUGGCCCAUUAUCAUUUCAAGAUAUACGUAAAGUGAAUGAGCAACAAUAUCCAACGUAUAAAGAUGCAUGCCUUGCACUCGGCUUGCUGGAAGACGACAACCAGUGGGAAUGCAUGCUUGCUGAAGCUGCAUUGAACUGUACAGCAAUACAAAUUCGUCUACUAUUCGCUAUAGUGUUGACUACAUGUUUCCCAGCCCGAGCACAGAUAUUAUGGGAAAAUCACAAAGAUUCAAUGACUGAUGAUAUAUUGCAUCAACAUCGUAUACGGUGCCACGAUCUAACCAUAACAUUCAGCGACGAAAUGUACAAUGAAGCAUUGAUUGCUAUUGAGGAUCUUUGCAUUGUCAUUGCCAACUUACCACUUAGUAAUUUCGGUAUGAAUUCGCCAAAUCGAACUGCAUCUGAUUUAAUGAAUACUGAAAUGAAUCGUGAACUGCAGUACAGUACUGUAGAAAUGGCAGCGAUUGUUGCCCGCAAUGUCCCACUAAUCAAUGAGGAACAAAGAACCAUUUAUGAUCGCAUUAUGCUCGCAGUUUCAGCUGGUCAAGGUGGGUUCUUCUUUUUGGAUGCACCGGGUGGAACUGGCAAAACAUUCGUUAUUUCGCUAAUUCUUGCUGAAAUACGAUCAAAUAAUGGCAUCGCAUUGGCCGUUGCAUCAUCGGGCAUUGCAGCAACUUUAUUGGAUGGAGGUAGAACAGCUCAUUCAGUAUUUAAGCUGCCACUAAAUAUUCAGAAUAACCCUGACGCAGUAUGCAACAUUAAGAAACAAUCGUCCAUGGCCACUGUGCUGAAACGGUGUAAAAUUAUUAUUUGGGAUGAAUGUACUAUGGCACACAAACAUUCACUUGAGGCGUUGAACAGGACAUUGAAAGAUAUUAAAAACAGUGACAAACUAUUUGGCGGAACUCUGUUGGUCCUUUCAGGUGAUUUCAGACAAACACUUCCAGUCAUUCCACGUUCAACAUACGCUGAUGAGAUCAAUGCUUGCUUAAAAUCAUCUCCAUUGUGGCGUAAUGUUGAAAAAUUACAGCUAAAAAUAAAUAUGCGCGUUCAAAUGCUUCAAGAUCCAUCCGCUGAAACAUUUUCAAAACAACUCUUAGAUAUCGGUGAUGGAAAAUUUGCUAUAGAUGAAACUGGAUACGUAAAAUUACCGACCGAUUUCUGCACAAUCGCUGAUUCGCAAGAUACUCUCAUUGAACAAAUAUUUCCCAAUGUACACACACAGUACAUAAAUCAUGAGUGGCUUGCAGAAAGAGCGAUUUUAGCGGCAAAAAAUGUAGACGUUGACAAUUUAAAUCUGAAGAUACAAAUGUUGUUGCCAGGGAACUUGGUAUCAUAUAAAUCUAUUGAUACAGUUUGCGACGACAGCGAAGCAGUAAAUUUUCCCACAGAGUUUUUGAACUCACUGGAUUUGCCAGGCAUGCCACCGCAUAAUUUACAAUUAAAGGUUGGAUCUCCAAUUAUCUUGCUUCAUAAUUUGAACCCGCCCCGGCUGUGCAAUGGUACGCGAUUAGUCAUUCAAAAAUUAAUGAAAAACGUGAUCGAAGCCAGGAUUUUAAAUGGCAAGUUCAGAGGUGAAAAUAUACUCAUACCACGGAUUCCUAUUAUACCUACAGAUGUGCCAAUUCAAUUCAAACGUAUUCAGUUUCCGAUUAGAUUGGCAUUUGCAAUGACUAUCAACAAAUCCCAAGUAAAGUAUAAUUGGGACCCCGCAGAAUCAUAG